CGGGAGAGGAGGAGCGCCCCCGGAGCCAGCCGAGGGAGGGCGCAGAGCGAGGGAGGGCGCAGAGCGAGCGCAGGGCGGCUGGGGAAGGGGCCGGGCGCAAGGCGGAGUCCGGGCUCUCUGCCAAGCCGGUGGGGGGCCCCUGCAGGCUGCUCAUUUCCCUCCGGCUCUCCCCCGGAGCCGCGGCAGGACCGGCCAGGAGGCGCCAUGGAGGGCAGCCCCAUCCCGGUACUGACGGUGCCCACCGCGCCCUACGAGGACCAGCGGCCGACCGGCGGCGGGGGCCUGCGGCGGCCCACGGGCCUGUUUGAGGGCCAGCGCAACUACCUGCCCAACUUCAUCCAGAGCGUGCUGUCGUCCAUAGAUCUGCGCGACCGCCAGGGCUGCACCAUGGUGGUGGGCAGCGACGGCAGGUACUUCAGCAGGGCGGCCACGGAGAUCGUGGUGCAGAUGGCCGCGGCCAACGGGAUUGGUCGGCUGAUUAUUGGACAGAAUGGCAUCUUGUCAACCCCUGCGGUUUCCUGCAUUAUAAGGAAGAUCAAGGCAGCUGGUGGGAUCAUCCUGACAGCCAGCCACUGCCCUGGAGGACCUGGGGGCGAGUUUGGAGUCAAGUUCAAUGUGGCUAAUGGAGGUCCUGCACCGGAUGUUGUCUCGGACAAGAUCUAUCAGAUCAGCAGAACGAUCGAGGAAUAUGCCAUAUGUCCUGAUCUUCGAAUCGACCUGUCCCGCCUCGGGAGGCAAGAAUUUGAUCUGGAGAAUAAAUUCAAACCAUUCAGAGUGGAGAUCGUGGACCCCGUGGACAUCUAUCUUAACCUUCUUCGGAACAUCUUUGACUUUAAUGCUAUCAAGAGUCUGCUGACCGGGCCGGGCCAGCUGAAGAUCCGUGUUGAUGCAAUGCAUGGAGUUAUGGGACCCUACGUGAGAAAAGUUCUGUGCGAUGAAUUGGGAGCCCCAGCCAAUUCUGCAAUAAACUGUGUUCCGCUGGAAGACUUUGGAGGGCAGCAUCCUGACCCGAACUUGACCUACGCAACGACCCUGCUGGAAGCCAUGAAGGGUGGAGAAUAUGGAUUUGGAGCUGCUUUUGAUGCUGAUGGGGACCGUUAUAUGAUCCUAGGCCAAAAUGGCUUCUUUGUGAGUCCUUCGGACUCCCUGGCCAUCAUCGCUGCCAACCUCUCUUGCAUUCCGUAUUUCCGGCAGAUUGGGGUCCGAGGGUUCGGGAGGAGUAUGCCAACCAGCACUGCCUUGGACAGAGUGGCCAAGUCAAUGAAGGUCCCUGUGUAUGAGACACCAGCUGGAUGGAGAUUCUUCUCCAAUCUGAUGGACUCAGGCCGGUGCUCUCUGUGCGGAGAAGAAAGUUUUGGCACCGGAUCCGAUCACCUGCGUGAAAAAGAUGGCCUCUGGGCGGUCUUAGUCUGGCUGUCCAUUAUUGCCGCCCGGAAGCAGAGCGUGGAAGAAAUUGUCCGGGAUCACUGGACCAAAUUUGGCCGCCACUACUUUUGCAGGUUUGACUACGAGGGCCUGGAGCCCAAGACCACGUAUUAUAUCAUGAGGGACCUGGAGGCCCUGGUCAUUGACAAGUCCUUCAUCGGCCAGCAGUUCGCCGUGGGGAGCCAAAUCUACAGUGUGGCAAAGACAGAUAGCUUUGAAUAUGUGGACCCCGUGGACGGGACUGUUACAAGAAAGCAGGGCCUGAGGAUCAUCUUCUCAGAUGCGUCACGGCUCAUCUUCCGGCUCAGUUCCUCCAGUGGUGUGCGGGCCACCAUCAGACUGUACGCAGAGAGCUACGAGAGGGAUCCCAGCGGCCAUGACCAGGAGCCCCAGGCAGUGCUGAGCCCGCUCAUAGCCAUUGCGCUGAAAAUAUCCCAGCUGCACGAGAGAACCGGCCGCCGCGGACCCACCGUCAUCACCUGAACAGAGAGGGAAGACCACUCCCCAGGGCCUGAGAGAUGGCUCAGCGGGAGCUCCAGCACCCACGCCUUCUUGCUCCCUGUCUGUGCCUCUUACGACUUGUGAAAAACAAAAGAGAUUUUGCUGUUGUAGGGGAGGUUAGGGAUAAGGUAAAAAAACAAAAACAAAAACAAAAACAAGCCCCCCAAAACCUGUUUGCUUUGUUUUUUUCCAGUUCCUCCCAGUGUGAUAGGGUCUUGUCUUCAGUUGUUCGUUAAAGCUGCACUAUCAUUUGCUAUCCAGGUUUUGUCACACAGAGAAGCCUCCCUUUGAGAAGAAACCAGUGAGUUAGGAGACUGUUCAGAGCAUCUGUGCUUCAUUGGUGUCACAUGA